AAUACCGUUCCUAUUAUCUUCCGUGAACAAGGCUUUAUCCAGGAAAUAUCUGCAGGUAACGAUGCAUCUCCAUCUAUCCAAGACUAUAACUCCAUAUCUCCGGAUCAUGUGACUGAAAUUUCACUGACCCAAAAUUCGAAUCAGGUUGAUGAGAAAAAAGCAAAAGGACAAAUCUACAAUUUUAUUAUUGCACAGCUUGAUACUAAAUGUAAUACAUUACAGAAGCAAACAAAAAGAGCUAGAAAAAUUUACAGCCUAUUCGAAAAAAUAGAUCACUUUACCAAAAAAUCUGAUAUAGAAUUCACUGAUGAACAGAAUAAUUCUUCAGACAAUUUACCCGAAGCUAAGAUAAGUAUAUCUAUUGAUCAAGAUUCGGAAUUACCAGAAGCUUCGGUAAAUGCAUCUACUAGAACCAAGUCCUUAAUUACUGCUUUAUCCGAUGAUGAGCCAGAAAAUUUCUCUGAUAAUGAUGAAUUCACCAAUAAUAACGAAGAAGAUGAGAGUUUCUGUGGUUUUUCUGAUGACAAUGAUGAAG